CUUUCGUGGCAAAGGGGUUAUUGAUUUUCCCCAGUUCUUCCACCAGCAGCUGUUCGUGGAGCCUGCGCUCUGAACUCUGGGGUUGAUUGGAGUUCUGGAGUCGCGCAUAGGAAGACAAUAAAAAUUGUUUGUGUUGUCAUCGCGUUUAACUGGCUUUUUCUAAACCGACUCAAGAAAAUUAAAGUCCAGCUUUGUUUAACUAUGGAGGAUAGCGGCAUCGACAGCGAGGACAGGCAAUCCAACAUUUACGAGGAUGGGGCCGCGGGACUCCUGAAAACGGCCAGCGGAGCACCCAAGCAUAUGUCGGAUCUGGAGUUUGAGGUGGCAUUCAGGGGUGCCGGCAAGGUAUAUGCCCCCACGACCAUAGAAAUCGAUGAAGAGGAGGAAGCGAACGGAGGCAGCGGUCGAGGCCACGAGCCACCCAACACCUGCCGCAUACUGCAGCGCAAACUGGAGCUAAAGGUCGAGCGCGCCCGGCGGAACUACACCCAGUUUCAGGAGGAGCAGGCCACCAAGACACAGUCGUCCACUCUGAUACCGAUCAACCGACUACCCAUUCCUGGCGAACCGGAACACAAGCCCCUGGUGGACUACAAAUCCGAGAGCAGCGACGAGGCCGAGGAGAUCUCCUUCUUUCCGGCCCAGCUGAAGCGGUCCAAGCGUCGCCAGCAGAACCACGAACUGACUGACACCUUCAGCAUACAGGAGAUGACCAUUGACUCGGAUCUGGAGUCGGACGACAGUGCUGGCACCCAGAACCUCGAGCUCCUGCUGCCCUCCAUGAAGACGACUAUUCUGGACAAGUUCAAGGGCUGCUUCGGAUGCUGGCGACGCAGGUAAUGCCAGGCGGAGGAGCGGAGGCAUAUCAUCAGGCGGUUCAGGCACAAAUCACGUUAUUGACAGGCACUAGCAACCUACGUACUUAAUAAUAAACUCCAUUGCC